UUUUUUUGUGCUUCUCUCUCUUGUUUCUCUCUCUACACUUCUUCCUCUUCCUUUCCUUUCUUCCCACUCCAUUUCUCUUGUUUUCUAUUCGCUUCAGAGGCUUGAAUUCUUGUUGCUUUGAUUUCUUUAUCUGCUCAUAAAAAAUUUGAGUCCAUUUUAAUACUGUUUAAUUCUUCCCUGAAAAUUAGUAUUUUUUUCACUCUUCUCUCUUUGUUCAAGUGUAUGUAUGGCUGGUUUGGACUUAGGUUCUGCUUCCCACUUCGUUUCUCAGCUCCACCGCCCUGACCUCCACCUCCAACGGCCGCCGGAAUCAGAAGAUGAAUCCAAUCGCAACAGGUUUUCCGGCGAGAACGCCGACAACUCUCAUCAGGGCUUGGACCUGGUCGCCUCCAACACAAGCUCCGGUGGGGAUGUGGUAGCCCGUAGACCGCGGGGCCGUCCCCCGGGCUCCAAGAACAAACCCAAACCGCCGGUGAUUAUAACUCGAGAAAGCGCCAAUCCCCUCCGUGCACACAUACUGGAGGUGGGCAGUGGCUGCGACGUCUUCGAGGCGGUGGCGACCUACGCCAGGAAGCGGCAGCGGGGGAUUUGCGUACUCAGCGGAACCGGGACCGUCAAUAACGUCAGCCUACGGCAGCCAGCGGCUGCGGGGAGCGUGGUCACGCUCCAUGGUCGGUUCGAGAUUUUGUCCUUGUCGGGUUCGUUUCUCCCUCCGCCGGCACCGCCGGGCGCGACCAGCUUGACGAUAUACUUGGCCGGCGGGCAGGGGCAGGUGGUGGGCGGGAAUGUCAUGGGCGCUUUAAUCGCUUCCGGCCCGGUAAUCAUUAUAGCAGCGUCGUUUACAAACGUGGCCUACGAGAGGCUGCCGUUGGACGAGGAGGACGGGGUUCAGAUGCAGCAGGCGACAUCUCAGCCGUCAGGCGGCGGCGGAAACGGUGGAGUGGGCGGAAACCAGUUUCCUGAUCCGUCGCUGGGGCUUCCUUUCCUCAACUUGCCACUGAAUAUGCCUAACGGACAACUGCCGAUGGAGGGUGCAUGGGCCGGAAACUCCGGCGGCCGGCCGCAGUAUUAGGGCUAAUGAUAUAAUUAAGGUCAGACAAUCAUCAUCAUCACCACCACCUUCUUCAUCAUCAUCAUCAAUACAACCUUAAUUCUCUCAUCUUUGUACAUUAUGAUUAUUGUUCUUGGUCUUGCAAUUAGGUCUUGUUUGUCUGAUUUCUGAUUUGCAGGAACCCAAAAAAAAAAAAAAAGAAAUUGAUCCCUCU